GGAAUUUGAACCGGCAAAAGCACAAUUAUAUAUCAUUUCUAACAACUCGCCGUGCUGGCCAGAGUAGGUGUCAAUAAAGGCGAGGUAUAUUGAGGGAAGUGGAAAACUGGUUGUACAAGCACUGGUUCAGUACAUGGGGUCUAUCUGAGGUGCCCGUGUGAAGGUUGCCUGCGCACAACGUACCUGGCUCGAUUGACUCAACAUGGUUGUUAUGACGAAAGAUCUUAUUGUUUUAAUGUGUCACGUAGUUGCGUGAGUAACAAAGGAUGAGUAGAUUGUUGUUAUUAUGUUUUGGCGUAAACGCACAGCUGUUCGCAGAAAACAAAUAACAGGAUUCGGUUAAUAUUUAUUUGUGUUUACGGCAAUAAAAUUGUAUUGUGCGAACGUAUGAAUUUACAACUCGGAAUUAAAAGCUGAUCGAAGGGCGAUAAAACGAGUACCUUCACACUGCGCAGUUGCAGCAGUUUAUGGGACAGUCUGGCAGAGUGUAUUUGCGCGUGAUUUUAUUUGCUAGACAAAUGAAAUCGUCGGAUUAAUCACGACGAGAUGUCUUCCAAUAUCCAGUAUCGUGAUUUGAUCUCAUAUCUUCAAACAUUGGAGUCGGCCAUCCUCAACCAAUUAUACAGACAUCCCGCUACAUGUCUCGCGGUCUUCCGGAAAUUGCCUCCAUUAGCUCGCCAUUACGUGAUUCGUCUAUUGUACAUUCGGCAGGCUGUGCCACAGGCCGUAGUUAGCUCAUGGUAUGUGCAGGAUGCAGUUAAGGAAAAUAUUGCCGCUCAAGAUGCCCUUAAAAGCCUGCACCUUUUAAACGAAGUUAAUUUGCCAGGUGGCUUGCCCGGUUGGAUGUUGAACAUCAACUUCCAAGAAAAGCUGAAAGAAGCUUUAGCUGGCGGUGGGGAUCCCUGGUUAGUGUACGGAGAGUUGGACAAAGAUAAACAUGGACGCGAUGCGAAGUUCUUAGAUCAGUAUGCCAAAGAACGGUGGGAUUGCGUACUUCACUACAUGGUUGGAUCCGAGUUUUGCACAAUUGGAGAUGCCUCACAGGUACCAGCGGAGAGCGGAAUCUCUCACGACGCAAUCCGGAUUCUUCUUCACUCAGGACUUAUGCGGCAGGAUGAAACAAAUGCAAACAAGAGCCUAAUCACAAUGGAAGGCUUUCAGUUUUUAUUGAUGGAUACUGAAGAUCAGGUGUGGUACUUUAUCCUGCAAUAUCUGUCGACCGUCGAGGGACGUGGCAUCUCCCUUGUGGAGUGUCUGCAGUUUAUUUUUCAACUGAGUUUCCUCACACUUGGUAAAGAUUAUAGUAUUAAAGGAAUGAGCCAACCCCUACUCGUGUUUUUGCAACAUCUGCGCGAGUUCGGCCUGGUUUAUCAGCGUAAACGUCGUUCAGGACGGUUCUACCCAACACGACUAGCAAUUGGUUUGGCGUCAGGCUUAAAGGAACUGGACGCAAACAAGGAACUCACCGGAUCGAAGGAUGAAGAACAGGACCAGGGCUAUAUCAUCGUCGAAACCAACUAUCGAGUGUACGCGUAUACCGAUUCACCACUGCAGGUUGCGUUAAUUUCACUGUUUUGCGACCUCUCGUACCGCUUCCCUAACCUAGUAGUUGCCACGUUAAGCCGGGAAAGCGUUCGACAGGCGCUCAAAGGCGGAAUUACGUCCGCCCAGAUCACGCACUUCCUCAAGACGCGAAGUCAUCGCGUUGUCGCUGACCGUGAAGAAGGCAUCAUACCGAUGACGGUGUCAGAUCAGCUACAUUUAUGGGAGAAAGAGCGAGAUCGUUUCAAGAUGACAGAAAGCGUUCUCUAUUCACAGUUCCAGACACACGCCGAUUUUGAGAUGCUUCGUAACUAUGCAAACGAUAUGCAUGUAUUACUGUUUGAGAACCCGCAACGAAGGCUAAUGGUCGUAAGCAAAUCGGGCGAUAACGACGUUCGACAUUACUGGAAGCGUCAUAAAAAGGAAUACGAUUGAUUUAUGAUGUUAAUAUAUAAUAGUUAUUGAUGUCAUGAACCUAAAUAAACAGUUCAAGCGAUAGGUAUAGUGCGUCGGAAUGAAAUACUCCACAGAAAACGCGAUUUUGUUGGGUAUAGUUCACUGAUUUAGUGUCAUUAAUGCUAAACAAUAAUAAAUAUGCUACGUAACAAUGAAAACGCAUUUUAAAAAAUUUUUCAAAAAUGCUUUAAUGUUGGCUCACGGAGCCACGUGUACUUGACAUCGUGCUUGGUACUUCUCCUGAUAGUAGUAUUUGUUUUUAUAUCACGUACUUAGAUUCUGCCUACGGCAUUAUAGAAUGCUUUUAGAAACAACGCUGUUUUUAGGGAAGUUGUAUCUACUCGUAAUUGGCUUUGCUAUUGUUAGGGGACAUCUAUAUACCACUCCGUGUUUCACUGUAGAUUAACUAUACUUUCAGAAAAAUCCACCAUUUCUAGUCAUGAAAGUCAUAAUAACUAGAACUGACUAACCGCACCACUUUAAAAAUUAUACCAGCUUAAACCUUCCAAAUCUAGCCCGUUGAACGGUCGUGGAUUCUAUAAAUAAUAUAGUGAGAAGUACAGUCGCCAUGUAUUUGAUGGGAAAAAAUUGUAAACUCAUAUGCCUCGUCUCAAUUUGUCUCACCAGCUGUUGUUCGAAGAGAAUGAUUUUAUUGAGCCCCCUAAUGAAAAACAAGUAUCAGGGCCAACUUUCAAACUAGCGUUCUUAUAAAAAUCUUAUUUAUCGAGAACGCAUGGAGACUAAAUCAAUGGAGGUUGUAGAAGCUUCGUGGGAAGUUUCGCAAAUUGUUUAAUUUAAAUAAUGUUAAAUAGGUUGUGUUCAGUCUCGAUCAUAAUGAUAAUAAGGUGAUAAAAUUAUUUUAAAUUCUAUUAGAGAACAAUUUAUAGAAAUAGUAAAACAUAACUUACUCUACUAAACCUUUGGUGAAGAGUGGAAUAGAUACAGGAAUAUUCGCUUUGCCGCUAUUUUUCGUAAUAUUUUUUUGUUAAAAUAUGUUAAAAUAUUUAACACUUCGUAAAGUU